AUGGAAUGGGGGCCGGACACUUGGCGGCCAUAUGGACAAUGGGCUAAUGAGGGGCCAUUACGGAAUCCAACAUGGCGCAACGGUCCAGACGGCUUCCACUCAUCGUUUUUGCAUUCUAGGAGUGGCUACGAACUACGCAGGUCAUCAUAUCAUCCUCAUCCAUAUGAUCGCCCGAAUUUCUACAACCCGUCAUUUGCAACACCACGCGCAGACAUUCCCUAUCAUCGGCCUCUUCGGGCCGACUUUCGUGAAGCUCGAUCUACUAUAAACAGAGGCCUAUUUGCUGAUUUUUCUGAAAAUACGCCGCCGAAUCCUCUCAUUCUGAGUUGCGAGAUUAGUGCUCAAAAAGUGGAUAUCAGUUGGAAGCCUCCUACCCAUCAGAAAAAUAUUCGAUAUCUGUUGGAAUGUACCGAUAAAGAAUCUGGAAGAAAAUGGGUCUUUGAUCAGUCGUGGACCCAAACUCAGAGAGAGCUGAAGACAACUCCGGGCAAUACAUAUUGGUGA